UUACAAGUCAUUCCAGGAGGAGCUGAGUUUCCUUGUUUUCUUUCAUGAGGGCAGGGGCCAGCAGUGUCACAUUGCCUUAGGUGAGGAGGGAACAAAAGCCAGCUCUGGGCACCAUCCCUUUCCUUUCAGCACAUCCUUACCCUUGGGGCUGAAGCGGGAGCUGACUGGAGCAAGCCUGCUCGUGACUGAGAAAUGAGGUUGCAGAAUCAGCAUGUGUCAGUAGUAGCUAAAAAGACAGAAGCAGUCUUCGCCAGCCAAGAAACCAGCAAAAAUAUUUCACAAUGGAUGUUGACGAUGAAGAAAACAUGAGUUCAAGCAGCACUGAUGUUAAAGAAAACCGCAACAUGGACAACGUUCCCCCCAAGGACGGCAGUGUGCAAGGCACCGGGGAGGGGGCUCAGCUUUCCAAUGGUGGUAGCAGCAGCAGCAGAAAGCGUCUUUUGGAGGAGGGCAACAAUGGCCACUCCAAAUUUCGCCCUAAGAAGAGGAAGAAAACGCCAGGUCCCGUUUUGCCAAAGAAUGCCCUGAUGCAACUUAAUGAGAUUAAACCUGGUUUACAGUACAAACUGCUGUCCCAAACAGGGCCGGUUCAUGCUCCAAUGUUUGUGAUGGCAGUUGAAGUUAACGGGCAGGUGUUUGAAGGGUCUGGCCCUACAAAAAAGAAAGCCAAGCUUCAUGCUGCUGAGAAGGCUCUGCGGUCUUUCGUUCAAUUCCCAAAUGCAUCAGAAGCGCACCUCGCAAUGGGGAGGACUCUCUCUGUCAACACAGACUUCACCUCUGACCAGGCAGACUUUCCUGACACACUUUUCAAUGGAUUUGAAACUCCAGUUCCUGCUGAUGCUUCCUUUUACCUAGGGUCCAAUGGGGAUGGCUCCUUCAGCUCUAGUGGGGACUACGGGUUGUCAUCGUCAUCUGCUGUAGCGAGCAGUCUUACCCAGUCACCUCUCCCCACACCACCACCGUACCCGACCACGAGCGGGAAGAAUCCUGUCAUGAUCCUGAAUGAGCUGCGGCCAGGACUGAAGUACGAAUUUCUCUCAGAGAGUGGGGAAAGCCAUGCCAAAAACUUUGUCAUGGCUGUUGCAGUGGAUGGUCAAACGUUUGAAGGAUCAGGAAGGAAUAAAAAGCUUGCAAAAGCUCGGGCUGCUCAGUCAGCCUUGGCAUCCUUGUUUAACAUGCAGCUGGAUCAGACUCCAUCUCGACAGCCCAUUCCUAGUGAGGGGCUCCAGUUGCAUUUGCCACAGGUUUUAGCAGAUGCUGUUGCACGCUUGGUAGUAGAUAAAUUCAGUGAUUUGACAGAAAAUUUCACAUCUCCACAUGCACGUAGAAAAGUCCUUGCUGGAAUUGUCAUGACAACAGGUACAGAUGUGAAAGAUGCUCUGGUAAUAAGUGUUUCUACAGGAACAAAAUGCAUCAAUGGUGAAUACAUGAGUGAUCGUGGUCUUGCAUUAAAUGAUUGCCAUGCGGAAAUUAUAUCUCGACGGUGCCUGCUUAAAUUUCUAUAUACACAACUUGAGCUUUAUCUAAGCAAUAAAGAUGAUCAGCAAAAAUCCAUUUUUAUCAAAUCGGAACAGGGCGGGUUUAAACUGAAGGAGAAUGUGCAGUUUCAUCUCUAUAUCAGUACGUCUCCUUGUGGAGAUGCUAGGAUUUUCUCGCCACAUGAAGCAGCACAAGAGGAUCAAGGGGACAGACAUCCAAACCGCAAGGCAAGAGGACAGCUACGAACAAAAAUAGAAUCUGGGGAAGGAACAAUCCCUGUGCGCUCUACUACCACUAUCCAGACGUGGGAUGGAGUAUUGCAAGGAGAAAGGCUACUUACUAUGUCAUGCAGUGACAAGAUAGCAAGGUGGAACGUAUUGGGUAUUCAAGGAGCCUUACUUAGCCUCUUUGUGGAGCCAAUUUACUUCUCUAGCAUCAUCUUGGGGAGUUUAUAUCAUGGGGAUCAUCUAUCCAGAGCCGUAUACCAGAGGAUAGCAGAGAUAGAAGAUCUACCACCUCUUUAUACACUCAACAGACCUUUACUUAGUGGUAUUAGCAAUGCAGAAGCACGCCAACCAGGGAAAGCACCAAACUUCAGUGUAAACUGGACAGUAGGAGACACUUGUCUUGAAGUUAUUAAUGCUACAACUGGCAAAGAUGAAAUGGGUCGUGCAUCUCGCCUUUGUAAACAUGCUUUGUACAGCCGCUGGAUGCGUAUUCAUGCAAAGCUUUCCUCCAGCUUGCGCUCAAAGAUUCUCAAGCCUAACUUGUACCAUGAAACCAAGCAAGGAGCCACUGAGUAUCAAACUGCCAAAGAGCGUUUGUUUAAAGCAUUCCUGAAGGCAGGACUUGGAGCCUGGGUGGAGAAACCCAUAGAACAGGAUCAGUUUUCUCUCACUGUCUGAUUCACAGACUGCACAUCACUUUGAAAAGGGAGUUGCUUUGGAAAUCCUGGUGUCCAGCAUUGCUUUCUGGCAUCUCCACAGCUGUUAAAACAUCUUUUUACUGUUUGGAGUUUUUUUUUCCCCCAUUUUUUAGGAAACUUGAUGGUAGCUGUUUUUAUUUUGCCUAAGUAUUGAAACUCAGUGAUAAUCUGAUACAUAAUUGUGCAUUUUAUUAUGGGAAAGUCAUUUCUGGUGUAUUUCUGGAAAUACUUUUACUGUAGAAAAUUUGCAGUAAGGCUCUCCUUACAGUAUACAAUGACUCAUUUUUUCUGGGUUAAAAUAUUUUUUUUAAUUCAAUGUCAUCAAGUGCAUGAAGAAAUUAAAGUUUCUUUGGAUUUUACACCACACUUUUAGGAAGUAGCUUAAUUUUUUAAAAAGAAAUUAGGUGACAAGACUGAUUCUACUCCUCUGCUAACUUUUGAACUGCAUAUAGACCAUAAAGCCAGAAUGAAGUCUGGACAGCUAGUUUUUCCCCACUUCCUUGCUCUUUAAAACCAGCUGCUGAAAACUUAAGGUCUUUGAUGUAUGUAUUUAUUAGUCUGUGAUCCAGUUUUUAACAUGCAGCUUUUUAUUCUGUUUUUAAAAAUACAUUUACCUUCCAUUUACACAAAUUGUGAAGUCUUUUUUUUUUUUUACCCUUGUAAACUGGAAACAACAAAGUAAUUAUUUGUAAGUUAAGAGGUUUAGUCUAUAAUGUGCAGAAAUCUGUUUAAUCUGUUUAGAAUUAGGUGAUUUGUACAUCCCAGAAACUCAUUAGAAUAUGAUCACAACUAUAACAUGUCAAUUCAAAAAAAAAAAGGAAAAAGAAAAAGAAAAAUUAUUCCAUUUUAAGGGUACUAAGCCUGAAUUGCCAAAAACAAUCACUCACUAAGUAUUAAUUGCUCUCUUCUAGAAGAAAUGAAAAGCUCAUGUAUGGACAAAAAGUUGUUAAAACUUCUUUCCUGUGAGUUACAUUUCCUUUCAUUCAAGUUGUGUCCCUUUGAGAUUUCAUUGCCUUUUGCCUUUAUGUGUGUGAUGGUCCUCAUGAAACUAAUUAGGUAAGUUACUCUUAAAUGUGCAUUUGUUUGCUUUGACUAUUACAUGUUUUUUGUAAAGAUGUAGACACUUCAGCUUUAUGUAAAAAUGUAAGAUAGAAGGGAAAUAUUUUGAGAUCUGUUUAAUUAACUGGUGUAUAGAAGGCACUUUUAAAAACACUUUUUAGUACAUGAUGUUUAGGAGUGGAUUAGAGAAUGCCUGCUGUCAUUUCUCUGCUCCCACAGUCUGUGUCCAAACACAUCCUGUGGCUUGUACCUAUUCAAGAAUCCUAUGUGCUUUCUGGAAGGCCCCUUGGUGAUUCUCUGUCAUCCUUUUGCAAACAAUGAAGGUCAUGUUUUGUGACACAGGACUUUGUGACGCAAUACCCAAGCCAAGUGUGUUUCAGCAACGUUGCUCCAGCUGAUAGGUCUUGUCCCUCAGCUCUACAUCACCACCCCUUCCUGUGCUGCAUUGGACAUCAGAUCAGUGGGCUGGUCCAUGCUUUGAAGUCAAGUUAAGACUUAUUUUUAGGCCCACAUUGGGUCAGAGAUCCAGCUCUGAGUCAUGUUGGCACAUCUGCGGAAGAAGUGAAGUGGAGCACAGGAAUCCCUGCAGCCAGCUUCAUGACUAAAGCCUGUGUCUCAUGCAGUCAUAACUUAAGUUACAGUACCUCAGACCAAGUGUCUCCUGGGGGUUAGCAGCUACUUUGCCCAUUGGAGACUUUGGUAUAAAACCAAUUCUGGCCUAUCACGAAUGCUGAGGAGAUGUGCUGCUUUGUUAUUGCUUGAGUAGGAGCCUCUUUUUAACUUCAAAAAAUGGUCAGGCCUGAUAAUCACUUGUGCAUUAAUUUAAGCCCCUUGGCUAGUGGCUGGAAGUAAUGUGUUGAGAAACUAUCAGUGAAUUUUUGAUGGUAUUAUGGAUAAUAGUGAGCACUGCUGCAGGAAGGCAAGCAAAUCACAGUGGUCUAGUGAUCCCUUCAGAAAAGACUGAUGCUUCCAGAGGUUACUGCCUUUUCCAGAUGCCAGUGGAACAAAUGUUAUGAACCAUAGUAGACAGACUGCAUAAAUUCAGCCUUGUUGGCAACUCUAAGCUGUCCUGUCUGUUUCUGCAUUAAAACCAGGAGUGUUGUCACACCUGUGCUAGUCCCACAGAGCAGAAGGGCAGCAGUUUCUGAAUACAAACUAGGUUUUUGCAGACAUGAUUCCAAUAAGGCUCAGACCAACUUAUUCUAAAAGUAAUUUAUUUGUAUUUGGUCAGAUUUUGCAAGCACUUGGGCAUUUACCUUUGAGAUCAGUCCUGUCUCAUUAAUGUUGCAGAAAUUCCUUUGCGGCUGUAGGUAAAUAUGUGCAUACAUCCAUACAGUAUCAAGGGAAAGCUAGUUGCACCGUGUACGUUUUCUUGGGAUUAUUAAUGUUACUAAGUGAAAUACACACUUUUAAGGGACCUGGUCUAUUGACAAAUAAUGUUUGUUGAUAAUUUCAAGCAAAUUAUUUUUACUCAUCUUUCUGAAGUACUCAUUGAAAAGUUGAUUUUUUUUGAAGACUAGGAAAGUAUUAGCUCAAACUAUUUUUUUUAUGAAGUCAUGAAUAUAAGCAAUAUAUUUAAGUAUUAUUAUAGACAUAGUUUUUUAAGCUGUUCAAAUGAGUGAUUAAAAUGAAACUGUAAAGGAAAUCUGUUCCAUGCCAAAAUCUUUUGAUGAAGGAAUGGUGUCAGGUUAUUUAUAAGGAAUGAGUUCUCUUGUUUAUAAUUCCAGGAUUUUAAAAAGAAAGAAGUUUUUCAGGGUUGUAUGCAAUCCAUAUCUGUCGUGUGGGAGUCAAUAAAAUACUGCUUGGCUUCCUUCA